CGAGGAACCCGAAUCGAGCUCUCUGCCUCCUCCGCCUUCUUCUUUCGCUUUUCACCUCGGAGUCGCUCACCUCGUCCAGUCCGCGUCUCGUGCUCUCCGUCUCGUCCUCCCGCGGCCGUCCCCGCGAAUCGGGGCUCUUGUUUCGUGACUGUGCGCCGACGGUGACGACGUCGAUCGCUCUACCGACCGACUCGAACGGGAACAUGCUGGUGAUAAGCGCCUUGAAGCAGGUGGCGAACGCCGCUACCAACGCGGUGCAUUCGGCAACCGGCAACGUCACCGGACACAAUUCCGGAACGCCCUCGACUCCGAUAAUACCAGGCGGCACACCAGGCACACCGUCCUCUAAGGCGAAGGAGAAAAUAAUGCUGCGGGCGAAAGUCGUGGUGGCUCUGUAUCCUUUCCGAGCGAUCGAGGGCGGCGAUUUGUCUCUCGAGAAGGGCGCGGAGUAUGAGGUCUUGGACGACUCCCAGGAGCACUGGUGGAAAGUUAAGGACGAGAAUGGAUCGAUCGGCUAUAUUCCCAGCAACUACGUCAAGGAGAAGGAGCUACUGGGACUGCAAAAAUACGAAUGGUACGUGGGCGAUAUGUCGAGGCAGCGUGCCGAAUCGCUGCUGAAGCAGGAGGACAAGGAGGGUUGCUUCGUCGUCCGUAAUUCCUCGACCAAAGGGCUCUACACACUCUCCCUUUACACUAAAGUACCACAUCCCCACGUGAAGCAUUACCAUAUCAAACAGAACACCCGCGGCGAGUUUUAUCUUUCGGAAAAGCACUGCUGCGGCUCCAUUCCCGAUCUGGUGAAUUACCAUAGACAUAAUAGCGGCGGACUGGCCAGUCGGCUGAAGACCAGCCCCUGCGAUCGUCCUGUACCGCCAACCGCCGGCCUCAGUCAUGACAAAUGGGAGAUCGACCCGGCGGAAUUGCAUUUACUGGAGGAGCUCGGGUCCGGCCAAUUUGGAGUUGUGCGGCGAGGCAAGUGGCGCGGCUCCAUCGACGUUGCCGUGAAAAUGAUGAAAGAGGGAACCAUGUCCGAGGACGACUUUAUAGAAGAAGCUAAAGUAAUGACAAAACUGCAACAUCAGAACCUAGUCCAACUGUACGGCGUCUGCAGUAAAGAUCGGCCGAUAUACAUCGUCACGGAGUACAUGCGACACGGGUCUCUCCUCAACUACCUCCGCCGUCACGAAGCCUCGUUAGGCGCGAACGUUGGCCUCUUAUUAGACAUGUGUAUACAGGUUUGCAAAGGAAUGGCGUAUUUAGAGAGGCAUAACUAUAUACACAGAGAUCUUGCCGCGCGUAAUUGUCUGGUGGGAUCGGAGAACGUAGUGAAAGUCGCAGACUUUGGUUUAGCCAGGUACGUGCUGGACGAUCAGUACACCAGCAGCGGCGGCACGAAAUUCCCUAUUAAGUGGGCCCCGCCCGAGGUGCUGAAUUACACCCGCUUCAGUUCGAAGUCGGACGUGUGGGCGUACGGUGUGCUCAUGUGGGAAGUGUUCACGUGCGGGAAGAUGCCUUACGGCCGCCUAAAGAACACGGAGGUGGUCGAGCGAGUGCAGCGGGGGAUCAUACUGGAACGACCGAAAGCCUGCUUCAAGGAAGUGUACGAGGUGAGUCGCCGUGUGCCCCCUCGCUCGCCGGGAUCCCUCGCGCGCAUCCCUCACACACCCGCGCACACGGACCUUCUCUCUCUCUCUCUCUCUUUUUCUCUCUGCCUGGCGGUUUUCAGGUGAUGCGCAAAUGUUGGGCGCACUGUCCCGAGGUGCGACCGUCCUUCCGCGUCUUAAAGGAGCAGCUGAUCAGCGUCUCUCAAGG